AUGGGAAGCCUGUGGCUGGCGCUAUGCGCGCUGGCCGGGCUGUGGCCCUGGGUCCGAGGAGGCUGCCUGGAGAAGCGGCUCUGCUGUCCGGGCCGGGACCCCACCUGCUUCGUGGAAGGCUGGAGGCUGGACAGGGAGUUUGGAAAGUGCUUCUGCGACCAGGCCUGCCAUAGCAUCGGAGACUGCUGCUUUGACUACGACAGGGCAUGCCCAGCUCGUCCAUGCAUCGUGGGGCAGUGGAGCCCUUGGAGUGGAUGUGCAGACCGAUGCAAGCCAUCCAUCCGUGUGCGGAGGCGCUCGGUGCAACAAGAGGCCCAGAAUGGGGGUGAACCCUGCCCUCCCCUGCAAGAGAGAGCCAGCUGCCUGGAGUACUCGACGCCCCAAGGCCAGGAGUGUGGGCACAGCUUUGUUCCUGCCUUUAUAACUACCUCUGCAUUCAACAAGGAGAGGACGAGGAAAGUUCCAUCUCCAAAUUGGUCUUCACACAGAGAAGUUCCUGGUUACUGUAUGGAGUUCAAGACAGAAUCAUACACACCUCAUUGUACUAUGGAUUAUGGACCCCUGACUCGAUGGAUGCAGUAUAUUCGGGCGGGGUACACAGUGUGUGUUGAUUGUCAACCCCCUGCUAUGAAUGCCACAAGCCACCGUUGCUCUGGAGAUGGCCUGGACUCUGAUGGAAGUCAAACUCUCCACUGGCAAGCAAUUGGCAACCCUCGAUGUCAAGGAACUUGGAAAAAGGUUCGACGAGUCGACCACUGUUCUUGCCCAGAUGUUCACAGUUUCAUUUUUAUAUAGAUUGUCAUGUAAAUAUUUCAAAAUGUAUUUGGAAACAUGCUCAAUUUUUAUCAAAUUAUACUUAAUACAUCAAAGCCAGGCAAAAAUCGUUCAACCCAGGUGGUUGAA